AUGGCUGAGAGCGUACGUGUUAUUGUUAGAUGUCGUCCAUUGAAUUCCAGAGAAUCAGCCUUAAAAUCUCAGAUAUGUGUGACAAUGGAUGAAAGUUGUGGUCGAGUGACACUAAGUACCACAAAUAAAGGAGCAUUACCAAAGGAAUUCACAUUCGAUGGCGUUUAUUACAUGGAUGCGUCGACUGAACAAAUUUAUAACGAUAUUGUCUAUACUUUAGUUGAGAGCGUUAUCGAAGGUUACAAUGGAACUGUAUUCGCAUAUGGGCAAACUGGUUCUGGCAAAACGUUUACUAUGCAAGGUGAUGACAAUAUUAUUUCACAAAAAGGCAUCAUAUUGCGAGUUUUUGAACAUAUUUUCGAAGCUAUUUCAACGACGGACAACACUAAAUUUCUUGUUCAUGUUUCUUAUUUAGAGAUUUAUAAUGAAGAGAUUCGUGAUCUUCUUGGAUUGGAAAAAGGUAUAAAGCUUGAAAUCAAAGAGCAUCCAGAACGAGGUAUUUAUGUUGCUGGUCUAUCGAUGCAUGUAUGCCAUGAUUUUCAAGCAUGUCAAAGUUUGAUGAAUAAAGGUUUCGAAAAUCGUCAUGUUGGAAGCACAUUGAUGAAUAAAGAUUCAUCUCGUUCACAUUCAAUAUUCACAAUUUAUGUUGAAGCAAUGUUGAAGAAUGGAACUAUAAGAACUGGAAAAAUUAAUCUUGUUGAUUUAGCUGGAAGUGAAAGGCAAUCAAAAACAGGUGCAACAGGUGAACGUUUCAAAGAAGCCACAAAAAUUAAUUUAUCAUUAUCAGCGCUUGGUAAUGUGAUAUCAGCAUUAGUCGACGGAAAAUCUAAACAUAUUCCUUAUAGGGAUUCUAAGCUUACGAGAUUAUUACAGGAUUCGCUUGGUGGUAAUAUGAAAACAAUUAUGGUUGCAUGUAUUUCACCAUCGGAUAAUAAUUAUGACGAAACACUAUCAACUUUGCGAUAUGCGAAUCGAGCUAAGAAUAUAAAAAAUAAACCGAAAAUCAACGAAGAUCCAAAAGAUGCUUUACUUCGAGAGUACCAAGAAGAAAUCGAACGGUUGAAAGCUAUGAUUAACUCUAAUACUACUCUUGAGCAAUUCGACCAAAGAAAAGAACAUGAUCAUCUCAAAACUCAAUAUGAAAUAGCUAUAAAUGAAUUGCGUUCAAAAUACCAUAUGGAACAACAGAGUAAAGCGAAACUUCAAGAAGAAUUUUUAUUACUAAAAGAACAAUACGAGAAUUCAUUGGAAGCAAUAGAUCGAGAGAAACCGAUUGAUGCAAUUGAAGCACAAAAAAGACUUGAAAGGCUCGAGCAACAAUUCGUCGGCGGUGAGCAGACGAGCAACUUGGCCUUAAAAGAAAAGAGACUUCUAAAAAAAGAAGAAGCAGAAAAGAAAAUGCAAAAAUUGGCCGCUGCACUUAAUGUUGAUAGCGAUGAUCCAUUACUUCAUGUGUAUAGUUCAACUCAAGAAAAACUGGAAGCAAUUACGAUUCAAUACAAUAAAGCAAAGCGACAGAUCAAAUUACUCGAUAGUGAAAUCAAAGAUCUGCAUGGCGAAUUUGAACUCGAUAGGUUAGAUUAUCUAGAAACGAUACGCAAACAGGAUCAAUUGAUAAAGCUAUUGCAACAAAUUAUCGAUAAGAUUCAUCCAUUAUUAAGAAAGGAAAUGAAUUAUUAUAAUUUGGAAAAAAUAAAAAAAGAUGCAAAAUGGGACGAGGAUCAAGGCAAAUGGAUACUUCCAGAUUUAACCAUAUUAAAAUCUAUUACUUUGCCGAAUGCUAAAAUAGUAACGACAACUGAACAAAUUGAACCAUAUUGCGUUUCCAACGAAUUCAAUACAUCAAAAUUAAAAAUGAGAUUAGAGAAAAGCGAAGAAGAAAAUAUCGCGAAUAAUUAUUUUAAGCAAUUCAAUCGUAAUGAAUUCAUUAAUAAAUAUAAAGCAGAUCGAAGCAAAGAUCUUGGGAAAUGA